UUGUUUGGGGACUCUGUGAUGUCGCCUCCAAAAUAAUAAUUAAUUCGUACAUGUGCGGAAGCUAACGACCUAACCGUACGUGCAGGAUGGUUUUAAGUUCAUCAUUUCUCCAUCACAAUAAACCUCCGUGGUUAGUGCCGAAAAUCGGUGGGCACGCCAGUUUCACAAACAGCCUCGUGCUGGUUGCCACGCGUGGUAUAUUCAUCGAUGAGUGUUUGUUUUAGAAUCUAUCUCCACUUUUAGGAUUGGAUUUUUUUUCGAUUUGAUCUCUACCGAGGCACGGUGUCGCCUGAUCACAAAAAAUCAGGAAGUCAAGUGCUUAACGUGACGAGGAUAAUCUAAGCGAGAAGACAACCAAAUCAAAAAUAUAUCAAUAAAGCUAACUACUCCCAAAAACAGCACAAAAUCAAGCCGAGACAGAAGUUUUCUCUCCAAGAGAAAAAGUUCACCUGGACGGUUCGCUGAAUUUUUGCUGCUGAAAGAUCGUGAUAAAAUCAACCAUGCAACUGGGAAGAUCCACGGAUUUAUCCAACGAAACGCGACAGAGGCGCCCCCUUCACUCCUCCGAGAAACUAACGACGCCCUACGUUGUUACGAGCGUCGAGAACUGUUUCAAACACCACACUUUAAGACAGAAAACCGCCGCAUCGGAAAAAGCACUUAUCUUAAUCAUCCUGUGUCAUCUCCUCUCCUACGUUUGCGGCGGAAUAAUCGUAAACGAAGACACAUCAUCAACGACGGAGAUCGACUCGGACUCAACGACAUACUCAACGACCUACUCAACGGCCUACUCAACGAUUCAUUCAACGACAACGAGGCCCGGCAGGAAAAGCAAGUGUGACGUACAUAACGUGGACGGGAGGUGGUUGAGUAGGAAGCUCGGCUAUGAUGAUAGCCCAUCGAACUUUCGCAUCAAGGCGAACGGAGACAGGAACGGUCAUUUAUAUUUUUAUUACAACUGCAGUUAUAGCGGGCGGGACGACGGGUGUAACGACUCGGUGACGGAGUUUUCCGUACGGGAGGCGAAGAACGGGAAAUCCUGCGAGGUCGAGAUACACUCGUUGAACAUGACGCUAAGGUUCAGGAUGGACGGGGAGAAACCCCGGCAUGACCACCCGAUGACCACCAAGAUGAUGAUCGUUGGCUCUGUGUGUUCGGUCACGGCGUUCCUAUUGGUGCUCUCGUUUCGGGCGGUCAACUAUCUUGUGGAAAUAUGAAAAUUAAAAAAGAAAAAGAAAAAAAA